AUGUCCUACCUGGUUUUUACGUAUGUUUUCACGAUAGUCGCGAUUUUCGCCAUAUUUGGGCAUGUUUCGCUGCGCGUCGUUGGCGAACUCGACGAGUUGCGGCGAGAAUUUGGUGUGGAAAUGAAAGAGUUUACGUAUUCGGCAAACGAAGCGUGGAGAGAAAUCAAUUAUUUGAAGCGCGAUGUUGGAUUGAGGCAAAAACGAAAAUCGAAACGAUAUCGAAAACAUUUGGCGCAAUAUGAUGAAGGAACACGCGACAAUGAAGGACAUGCGAUUGCCGAGCUACCCGAUGAAACAAUUCGAAAAGAGCUUCAUCAACUCGAUAAAAACGCUAAAACUAGUGAAAAACCGGCGAACAAUUGUCGAGCCGCGUGUGAGGAGAAAGGCGCGAAAUGUCCGCCAGGACCACCUGGGAGACCGGGAAGACCUGGUCGAACUGGCGAGCCGGGACCGGACGGGAUUGACGGAAUGCCCGGAUACAGUGGCUAUACGGUAGCCACCGGAAAUGCAUGUGUUGUGUGUCCCGUUGGACCACCGGGGCCUGAAGGUGAACCGGGGAGGCCUGGCGAGCCGGGAGUCGACGGAACACCAGGAAUCGCCGUCGAAGUGAAAAUCGGAGCGGCCGGUGCCAGAGGAACAAUUGGCGAUCCGGGCUAUCCGGGAUUCCCAGGCCCGCCUGGACCUGAAGGUCCGCCAGGCCGUGAUUUCUAUGUGCCCAUCAAUCCGCCGGGUCCUCCAGGCCCGCCAGGACCUGUUGGAUAUCGAGGCGCUCAAGGACCCGCCGGAUUUUCCUAUGUGCUGGAUGUACCCGGACCUGCUGGAGUUGCCGGCAACAAUGGCCGUCCGGGAAGCGCCGGCCGACCGGGUCCGCCAGGACGCGACGGAAGCUAUUGCCCGUGCCCGCCGCCGACGAAAUCGCGUCGAAACAUGCUGCGCGGACUUCUUUAA